UUUAAGAACAACCGGCUGAGUUUCAAGUUCUGGACAGCACAACUUGGGAAAGAGGAAAACACGAUUUUGCACAGCACCUACUGCGUCGACAAGAGAGAAUCUACAAGCACGUCUAGAUCCAGAUGAGAUGUUUCUGACAUGGAGGAAUACUUUUCUGGUGGCAUUGACACUUUCUGGCGUUAAUUUUAUGGUCAAAAAUUUGACAAAAACAUCAGCAAACUCUGUUGUAUCAUCUCAAAUUCAAUGUCUUGUUGUAUUGGUUGCAAUAAUGUUAUUGCUGAUUUAUCAUGAUAACAGUCAGUACAAAGGCGUUUUCUUCACCGUUUUAGCAAUCUUCUGUGGAGUGUAUAAUUAUUGCCAUAGACUAUAUCCGUAUGGUAGUUGUUGGAAACAUGUUCAGGAUGAAGCAGUAGAACUGUCCAAGGAGCUUCGCUUUACAGACUCAAUGACCGACAAUCUAAUUGCUAACGGUCUUAUUUACAAAGAAGAUGCGAUUGAAAUUCAUACAGUUUUGAGUACGACGAGAUGGACAGACCAACAUACUGAGUGGUUGUUGAUGAAAGUUCUUCCAAAGACUGACAAUUUAGGAUACAUGAAAUUCUGUUGUUUGCUACGUACAAAGUUUGAGUUGCUUGAUAUUGGAAAGAGACUUUGCAAGGAAUGCAACGAAUGUCUUGUACAAAGAUGUCUUCAACCGAACAAACUCAAACUGUUUGUUGGCUCAUUUUGCCGGCCACUGAUAAAGCACCCUUUGGUUAACCAAGUACGUGAAAACAUAAGCAUUGGUUUCGACUUUGUACACAAUCAGACAGAGGUAUUUACAGUGUCCAUUGUGUGCAUGGAUAACAAGAUUCUUACAUGGCUGAAGCUAAAUAUUGACAAAACGUACAUUGACAAAGAACUUUUUCAAAGGAAUUUCGCCUUCUGGCUGAAGGUGCCUAAACAGGACGCAGAGCUAAGUGUCUUUGACGGGACGGUGAACAGUACAUCGAUGGUGGUACGCUUGUCAGGUCUAGCUGCUAUAGAACUAUUAACAGUCGGCGCUCGCGAAAGGUCUAGAAAUAACUUUGGCAAAAUCUUAGCAGAAGCAAUGAGCUCUAAAUUAAAGAGAAGGGUAUUUAUUAGUGUGACAAUAAGUGAUAUGUAUCCUUAUCUCAUGCAAGUUGUUCCUACUGGAACUUCCCUCGUCCGGUCGGAUAAAGACGUUGGUAAUCUGGUCUCUGAUGGAUAUGAGGUAACGCUGACCAUACUGAAGCUUGUAUGUGCCCUCCUGGAAAGUUGGGAGGAGGCAAAUAAGGUAUUGAGAUUGUCUUUACAAACACUGCAUGUAGGUUUUCUUGUCGAAUUCUGUGCUGCUUUGAUGCUGUUAACGGGUAUAUUGUACGCGCACUUCCGCUUUGGAGACGGCGAAGUAAACGAUGACAGCAACGCAGGACAAACUGAUGCUCCUAACAUCGACGUUUUUAGCAACAAAACCUUUCGACGCAAGGAUUUGAAAUAUGAUCCAAACCGUUCCUUAGUUGGUAGAGGAGGGUUUGCUAAUGUAUACAAAGCAGUCUUACUUGGAAAUGGGACGGUUGCAUUUAAGAAACCAAACAUUGGAGGACUUUGUUUUACAGACAGAGAGAUGCAAGACUUGAAGAAAGAAUCGGACAUGUUAUUGGCCAUUCCUACUCAUGAACAUAUUGUCCAAAUCAUUGGCAUCUGCAUCGAUUCUCGCCAUUUCGGAAUCAUACUAGAGUAUAUUGAUGACGAUCUUUCCAAUCUGCUUCCUUCUCACACAUCUGACCCUUAUAUGGACGAGUGGAGGAACAAGCUGGAUAUGACUUGUCAGAUAGCUGACGGCAUGAAACAUCUUCAUGGUCUUCACCCGCCAGUCAUUCAUCGUGAUCUGAAACCAAAUAACAUAUUGGUCAAAACGUUUUUGCCUAGAUACACUUGCAAGAUUGCUGACUUUGGUUUGGCAAAGAUACGAGCUACAACUACUUCUACUGGUAACAACAACAGUAGAUCUGCUGCACAUGCGGCUGGAUCUGUAGGAUACAUUCCACCAGAACGAUACGAAUCUGUUCACUUGGAUAUGACAGCAUUGGCUAAGUCAGACAUCUACAGUUUUGGUGUCAUUCUAUUUCAAUUCAGAGAGCGCAUCCAACCAUUUGGAGAAGAAGACAAUGCUCAUGUCAUUACAGAAAACGUGAAAGGCGGAACACCUUUCAAGAGUCCCAAAAAACUAUGUCCACAUGGAUAUGAUGAUUUGAUGAGAAAUUGUUGUUCAAAAAAUGGAAAGGAUCGACCACCUUUUACUGAUAUCUUGACUGAACUACAGUCAAUGCCACACAAUACUGUUUCCUGAUGUCUUCUCAAGAACGUACUGUAUACUUGAGUGGAACUGCUUGAUAGCAGUGAUUGCAUGCAUGCGGUGUUGCUCUGCUUAUCUGAAUUUAUGUGAUUUUUUAUUGUUAUUAUUAUUAUUAUGCAGUAUAAUGUUGAGCAUGUUAUUGACAUAAGCUCUUACGUUCUCGAGUUAGCAUUGCCUAAUUACUGUAUUGCUGUUUUGUAUUUUAGCUAACACAAGCUAAAUUUUAUAUAUUGUCA